AUGGCCGCCGCGCAGCACCACGGGAAGGCGGACAGCGGGCAGGAGGCCGUGCUGGUGAAGGAGGCGAGCGGGCGCGUGGCGCUGCAGUGCGACGCGGGCAAGGACGCGGCCGUGUCGUGGUGGCGGCGCGGCGAGCCGGUGGGCAGCGGGCCGCGCCUCGAGCUGGGCGCCGCGCACGACGACCCGCGCGGGCUCUACACGUGCCGCGUGAGCGGCGGCGCCCUGCGCGCCCCGCGGGACGUGGCGCUGCACGUGCACUACCGGCUGUGCCAGAACUGCAUCGAGCUGGACGCCGCCACCAUCUCCGGCAUCGUGGUCGCCGACGUGGUCGCCACUGUGUUCCUCGCCAUCGCCGUCUACUGCAUCAGCGGCCACGACAAGGGGCGCCUGUCGCGAGCUUCUGACAGGCAGAACCUCAUUGCCAACGAUCAGCUUUACCAGCCUCUCGGUGAGCGGAACGAUGGGCAGUACAGCCGGCUAGCACCUGUCAAGGCCCGCAAGUGACGUCUGAAAAUGUGUGGGACUCAGGACCCCUCCACACCGAGAGCACAAACAGCCGGGAUAGGAUCCCGGCAUUGCCUCAGGGAACUCACGGCUGGCUGAAGACAGUGUGAGUUUUUACCCACCUAGCCCUCCAGCAUCCU